GAGCGAGCGCGGCCGGCCGGCGGGGCUAUGGCCAACACGGCCGUGCAGCUCCUGGGCUUCGUGCUCAGCUUCCUGGGCCUGGUGGGGACGCUGAUCACCACCAUCCUACCGCACUGGCGCAGGACGGCGCACGUGGGCACCAACAUCCUGACGGCCGUGUCCUACCUGAAGGGGCUGUGGAUGGAGUGCGUGUGGCACAGCACGGGCAUCUACCAGUGCCAGAUCUACCGCUCGCUGCUGGCGCUGCCCCGCGACCUGCAGGCGGCCCGGGCGCUCAUGGUCAUCUCCUGCCUGCUCUCGGGCCUGGCCUGCGCCUGCGCCGUGGUGGGCAUGAAGUGCACGCGCUGCGCCAAGGGCACGCCCGCCAAGACCACCUUCGCGGUGCUGGGCGGCGCGCUCUUCAUCCUGGCCGGCCUCCUGUGCAUGGUGGCCGUCUCCUGGACCACCAACGACGUGGUGCAGAACUUCUACAACCCGCUGCUGCCCAGCGGCAUGAAGUUCGAGCUGGGGCAGGCCCUGUACCUCGGCUUCAUCGCCUCGUCCCUCUCGCUCAUCGGCGGCACGCUGCUCUGCCUGUCCUGCCAGGACGAGGCGCCCUCCAGGCCCUACCCGCCCAGGCCCGCCGCGGCCACGGCGCCCGCCUACCGGCCGCCCGACGCCUACAAGGACAACCGAGCCCCCUCGGCCACCUCGGCCUCGCACAGCGGGUACAGGCUGAACGACUACGUGUGAGUCCCCAGGGCCUGUCCCUCCCUGAGCCCCUAAAGGCCCCAGGACCCAGACUGCCCACUGAUGCGGGGGUCCCGUGGCACAAAGUUUACU